AUGCCUUCUAGCAACUCAAGAGUAACACGUUCGACUCAAGCCAACACCACCAAACGCCAGACAUCAUCAACUAGAGCGCUGCCUGCUGCUAAACGACCUCGUCGUCAGUUGGUUGUUCCCCCGGUUGCGAAUGCCCUUGAUGCCCAACCAAAUCACCUUCCAACCCCAUCUGCAACCCAGCACAACGCUAUCAAUGAAGUGGACUUAUCAGAAAUCAUGUUACAAAAUUAUCAUCAGUACAAGAAAUAUUGGCCUUUAGCUCGUAUUCAAGAUCAAUUAGCUCGCCAACGCUCAUCUAAUCAUCAAUUAAGCGCUGAGGUCAUUGUAGAAGGACAGGCUGUACUUGAGGCCCUGGACCACACUCUCCAUAUGAUUGCGAUGAUCUCUGGUGUUGGCAUCAUCAAAUUGAACGGUUUAUUGGGUGGAACCCAUGGAGAGAAUCCUUGGCAUCGCUGGUUGAGCUUUGCUAUUGCAGCCAACAAAAACCCAAUGCCUCAACGAGGAGACCCCAAUGCUGCCGCGGUCUUGGCCUUUCGGAACAAGUCCAAUUCUGAUUCUUAUCAAGCUCUCGACGAUGACAAGUAUGCGGUGUUUACGUCUUGUGUGUUCUACGCACUUGGAGGUUAUCCAGAUUACUCAUCAAUCACCAUCAAUGAAGACAUUAAUGUCUUUGGUGAUAGUAGCAUUCUGGUGCCGGAGGUUCCAAAGCUCAGUCCAGAGGAUGAGAAUCUCUACCGACCGAUCUAUGAACGGCUUGUCGACGAGAAAAAGGUCAAGAAAGAUCGGGAGCUCAAUACACCCGGCACUUCGGUUCAGAAUGAAGAGAAGCGAUCUCUUCAGUGUAUGAAGAAGAUAGCCCAACAAGUAUGUCUCUUUGGGAUUAUCCUCGUGUUCAUUUGCUUGCACGCGACCACCAACUAG